GGAGGGGAGGAGUCAAGCUGGGGUAGGAGCAGCUGGAGUUCCACACUUCGUCGUCUCUUCUCGAAAAAAAAAACGCGCACGAAACGCAACGACAUCGCCAGUGUGACGCGCGGCGCGCACUCUUCUGCUUCUUCUUCUUCUUCUUCUUCUUUCUUUUUUUGGCGCGUCCACACACUUUUGGUGGAGGGCUGCGGUGGACGCUUGUUUGUCCGACGGCCCUCGAACGCAGCAAAGGCGCCCAAAGAAGAAGAAGACACGAAAGAAGAAGAAGAAAGAUCGGAGGAAGAAGAAAGAGGAGAAAGUGGAGGAGGAGAAACAAAUCUGGUCGCGCCGUUUGGGAGUUGUAGUGUGGAAAAGGGAGAAGGAAAAGAAGAAGAAGGUGGAAAGAAGACGAAGAGGUCCCGGGCUCCUCCAGAGGCGCAUCUGCACCCCACCUGAAGAGGGAGGACCCCCACCCCCCCAAAAAAGUGCCAAAAAGACACUCAAUUAUCCCGUCUCCAUGCGGUGCUGAGGAAUGAGCAUUCACCAUGGAAACCCAAUCCCAGGCCAACUCCGCAGCUGAGAAGAAGAAGAGGGUGGAGACCAUCGUGGCGACCAAGGGCUCGUCGGCACGCAAUGACAUCAGCGAGAAGGCGGUGGCCUCCAGCACCACAUCCAACGAAGACGAGAGCUCGGGCCCGCCGUACCACCGCGAGAGGCGCAACGCCCUGAGCUCGGAGCGCGGCGUGACCGAAGAGCCGUCCACGUCCACCGAGGAGCGGCCUUCGCCGCUCAAGAAGGAGCUGCCCGGCUCGCUGCCCCACCUGGCCGAUCACGCCCUUCCCUACCGGGGGACCCUCUUCGCCAUGGACCCCCGCAACGGCUACCUGGACUCGCACUACCCCGCACCACAGUUCUUCCCGGCCUUUCACCCUCCGGUGCCCAUCGAUGACAGACACGCGCAAGGUCGCUACAUCUACGAGCCUUCUCCCGUGCCCCCUCUCCACGUGCCUCCGGCGCUGGCGGGCAGUCCGGCCUUCUCGGACAUCUCCCUCAUCCGCAUCUCGCCGCAGCGGAACCCCUCCGUGGGGGCCGAGUCUCCCUUCCACCCGUCGCACCCGUACAUCAACCCCUACGUGGACUACCUGCGCUCCCUGCAGCCCCUCGCCAGCCCCUCCAUCUCCGUGCUGUCGGCCACCCGAGGCCUCAGCCCCGCCGACGCCCCCCACGCCGGCCUGACGCCCUCCGAGUACUACCACCAGAUGGCCCUGUUGGCGGGCCACCGCAGCCCCUACUCGGCCGACCUGCUCCCAUCCGUGGCCACCUCGGCCGGGGCGGGCGCCGCCGGCGCCCUGCACAUGGAGUACCUGCAAGCCAUGGACAGUUCUCGCUUCCCGAGCCCCAGAGUGCCGUCACGGCCAAGCAGGAAGCGACCGCUGCCCAUCUCGCCGCUGUCGGAGCACAGCUUCGACCUGCAGACCAUGAUCCGCAACUCACCCAACUCACUGGUAACCAUGCUCAACAACUCCCGCUCCAGCUCGUCCACCAGCGGCUCCUACGGACAUCUGUCAGCCGGAGCCAUCAGCCCCGCAUUGAGUUUCGCCUACCCGCCCACGCCAGUGGCCCUGCACAUGCACCAGCAGCUGAUGGGCCGCCAGCCAGCCAUGGUGGGCUCUGCCUUCGGUCACAGCCCGCCGCUCAUCCACCCGACGCCGGCCUUCGCCACCCAGAGGCCCGUGUCCGGCUUCACCGCCGCCGCCGCCGCCGGGCUGGCCGCCGCCGAGCGUUCGGCCGUCUCGGGUGACUCCGCGCAGUUGAAACCCACCAGCGAGUCCGCGGUGAGCAGCACGGGCGACCCGAUGCACCACAAACGCUCCAAGAUGAAGCCAGAGGAGGAGAUGCCCAGCCCGCGGCCGCUCAGCAUUCAGCAGGAUCACCCCGACGGCAUGACGCUGGUCAAGGAGGAAGGCGACAAGGACGAAGGCAAACAGGAGCCCGAGGUGGUCUACGAGACCAACUGCCACUGGGAGAACUGCUGCCGCGAGUUCGAUACCCAGGAGCAGCUCGUGCAGCACAUCAACAACGACCACAUCCACGGCGAGAAGAAGGAGUUUGUGUGUCGCUGGGAGGAAUGCUCCAGGGAGCAGAAGCCCUUCAAGGCCCAGUACAUGCUGGUGGUCCACAUGCGGCGACACACCGGCGAAAAGCCUCACAAGUGCACGUUUGAGGGCUGCGCCAAGGCUUAUUCCCGUCUGGAGAAUCUCAAGACUCACUUGCGCUCGCACACGGGCGAGAAGCCGUACGUGUGCGAGCACGAAGGCUGCAACAAGGCCUUCUCCAACGCCUCGGACCGAGCCAAGCAUCAAAACCGCACGCACUCAAACGAGAAACCCUAUGUGUGCAAGAUCCCCGGCUGCACCAAGCGCUACACGGACCCCAGCUCCCUGCGCAAGCACGUGAAGACGGUGCACGGGCCCGAAGCGCACGUCACCAAGAAGCAGCGCGGCGACUACCCGCGGCCCCCCGCGCAGCCCCGCGAGCCGGGCGCCAACGGCCAGGGACACUCGCCAGGGCAGCUGGGCCUGGGAGGCUACGCGGACCAAAGGGAGUAUAGCAACCACGUUACCUCUAAGCAGGACGACUGUCUGCAGGUCAAGUCCAUCAAGACGGAGAAGCCCAUGACGUCUCAGCCAAGCCCUGGCGGUCAGUCUACAUGCAGCAGUGACCAGUCCCCCGUCAGCAUCUAUCCCAGCGGUGGAGUCCAGCUUACUGUGAGCGCCGGACGCUCGCCAGUGGAGGGGCCGGACGAGGAGGAGGACGAGGCGGAGGCUGGUCAGCGGGACGGGCCGGCGCCCGUCAUGGACUCCACCGUCUCUACGGCGACGGCGGCUGCGCUGACCUUGCGGGCGAGACGUGGUGUGGGCCGCCCCCUGCGCUGGCUGGAGCACUUGAAGAGGGAGAGGCUGAAGCAGGUGAACGGGCCGAUGCCUGGCCCGGGGCCCCUGACUCCCCCGCCGCCCCCCAAGGGGUCCGUGCUCACCGGCAUCCAGGCCAAGGGAUGCUGUCUGGGCAAACAGUGGGUGUCGGCCGCUCCUCAGCCCCCAGCUCCCCCCGAGCUGGGCGGCACGACCGAGUUAACGGUGCUCAACUUGCUGCGGGACCGGCGCGACAGCAGCGGGAGCGCCGCCAGCUCGGCCUACCUGAGCAGCAGCCGGCGUUCCUCAGGCAUCUCGCCAUGCUUCCCCAGCCGCCGCUCUAGCCAGACAUCACAGAGCGACGGCGUUGCGGCCGCCCUCCACCACCGCCGCCGCCACAACCUCAGCUCCACCGACUCGUAUGACCCCAUCUCCACCGACGCCUCCCGCCGCUCCAGCGAAGCCAGCCACUACGGCGGCGGGGUGGCGGCAAACAGUGGCGCACUUUCAGGCGGUGUCUGUGGGGGGACGGGGGGUAACGGUGACCUAGGGGGCUCCCGAGGGAUGCUCACUUUAACCCCCGCUCAGCACUACCACCUGAAGGCCAAGUACGCCGCGGCCACCGGUGGCCCGCCGCCCACGCCACUACCCAACAUGGAGCGCAUGAGCCUCAAGGCCCGCAUGGCCAUGAUGGACGAAAGCGGCACCAACCAGCCUUUGCCGCCCCUCGUCGGUCCGCACCGCUGCUCUGAGACCAGCAAUGGCUUUGUGGGACAUUCGGCCUGCAGGAGGAGGGUCUUCUACCUGGGCGAGGGACCUGCGGCAGGCAACCGGAGGGCCAGCGACCCGGUGCGGACGAAGCCUUCCGGCGUUUGCGUUCUGCCCCCCGUGCAGCGCUUCAACAGCCUGAGCAACCUCCACCCUCUUCCGCCUCUAUCCCAGCAGCAGUCGCCGCCCCUGGACGUGCGCACUCUGAGCUUGCAGAAUUACACCCGCUCCGAGGGUAACCUACAGAGGGGCUUGCAGCAGCCCGCGUACACCCCAAGCAUCGCGGAGCACGCCGCUUUGGAAGCUCUGGCCAUGGAGGGUGACGGGGAGCCGUACUCUCUACUCGGGGAUGAAGAUAUACUUCCAGAUGACAUGGUGCAGUAUCUCCGUUCCCAAGUCCAGGCAGACGGUGGACCAUACGUGCACAUCGAGGACCAAAUCAUCUCCGGCGAAAGAGAGAGCUUGCAACGCUCGAUGGAGGGAAAGGAGGGGGUGAACUUCCAGGCCAACCACUGCCUCCAACAGCAGCAGAUGGUCCCAAGAAGGAGCCCCAACUUGCUUCCCAUACAGUGGAACGAAGUGAGCUCUGGCAGCGCCGACCGCUCUCCACAGAGAGAUCGCAACUGCGCAAGGUGGUCCGGCGGGCAGGCCUCAUCGGAGCCUUUCGGCAGGUUCGGAAACAUGGUGGUGCAUCACAAUGCGCUGCUGGGUUUCCACAACAGUUGCUCCCAGGCCGACCAGGCGCAAGGCCCUGCGGCGGUGAAGCUUGAGACAGCCCCCAACUCGUGCAUGGAGACGAGAGGAACCACCCUCAAUGGCUUGCCCCGACCUCCCUUCCCCAAGGCCUCUGACGGACCUCUUCCAUACCAAGCUUCCAGAAUGCAAAACCACUUCCAGCAGAACCUCAACAGCAGAUUCUCCAGCCACACCAUAACUCGGCCCUCCAUAGACAAUCUCCAAAGCUACUCCCAAGAUAAAGUCCAUCAUCCCACUCAGCAAGGCCCACGCCCGCCCGUCAACACUUACCGGAACUUGAUGAGAAACCACCUUCUACCCAGAAGCUGCACUGAAAUCCCGGAGCAACAACACAAUGGUGGGAGCCUCUGUUCCCUGAAACUGGAGGCUCCAGAACAUGGAUACUUCCAACAACGCUUCGAUGAUCCCAUUUCCUUCCAGCAAACAGAUCCCAAGGUAGCCUCAUUCUCCACCGUAGAAGACCACUACUUGCUGGACUCCUUAGAUGGCGGCAGCGGUCCGGGCGACUCCAUCUCCCUCCUGUCUCCCGCCUCUGACCAAGUGACCAGUACCGUAGAGGGUGGGACAGUAGACGGCGGGAUUGUGCCCACGGCGACGUUGGACGACGGCGUCCCUCUGGACUUUGGCGCCAUGAUGGAGGAUGGUUUCGACCAAGGCAGCCUGGUAUCGGGUCCGUUGAGCCCUUCCAUUUUCCAGGGUCUGUCCAGGACCUCGUCGCGGCUGACCACCCCUCGUGCGUCGGCCACAUUCCCGGCCGUGGUGGCCCCCGGCGUCAACAACAUGGCCAUCGGUGACAUGAGCUCCCUACUCAGCAGCCUCGCAGAAGAGAGCAAGUUCCUCGCCAUUAUCCAGUAGUCCCCCCCCUCUCUUCUUGACUUUCUCCUCUUAGGAAAAAAAAAUGGUGUAUGUGAAGGCAAAUAAAUGGAACGAAAAUGAGGUAUAAAUUAAGAAUGGUUCUUUUCCAAUUUUUGGGAAUGAAGGCUGUUUUCCCAGCCCUGUCUUUGGAUGACAAUGUGACUUCACUUCUUCAACAGUAUUCUUGCGUAUUGUCACUGUUUUUGCUGUACACACCGUCGGCAAGAAA